AUGAAUAGUAGGCGAGACAGGACUGCACUGUAUCGUGAAAGAUUGAUAGAAUUGAGAGAUCCAACCGAUGGUGUUAUUCCCAACACGAGCGAAGUAUUCUCUCUUCUACAACAACUGCGCAAGCAGAAAGGUUACCAGGCUGUUGCACGAGGCCGUCGAUCUGAACCAGACGGAAUCGAGUGGUGA